AUGGUUUUAUGUACUCUGUUUAUGUCAUUGGUUCUUAUCAAAAUCGUGGAAACUAGGUUGGCAUUUUUUAGCAGCGAAACGACGGAUAGAUCUGAAGCAUGGGAAAUGUCAACUAUUGAUCAAGGGAAUGAAGAUGUAAGUGUUAGAACUGAAAGCAUGACAUUUGAACAACAACUGAUUACCAAAGCUGUUGAAAAAAUACCUGACAGAGACAGUCUGAGUGCUUCAACACCUUUCUCGACGUCCCCUGUGGAACUGAAGACAUUUAUUUGGAACAGAACAACGUCUCCUGCCUCAUUCCAUCACGGCUACUGUAAGCACACAUGUUUAGACUCGCAUUCAAGUGGUGGUAAUAACAUGAAGACAGACUGCCAAGAUCUCAGUUGCUUCCAGUGUGACUGUAUAAGACCCCGAUGUGAAAUUUACCAUACGUGUUGCCCGGAUGUGUCCAAAUUUUCUCCACAAAACAUACCAAGUGUGGUUGAUCGUUCCAUGAAAGAAGAUGUCUCAAAACUUAAUACAACCGGUCCAUGGCUACAAAAAUAUUCGCAGGACUCUACUGGAGAAAAUUUAACAGAAACGUUAAAAUAUUAUGAUACAGACAUUCAAAGUGCUCAUAAUUACGGAUAUACAAAACGCACAAAAAGCAAAUUAGAAUCAAACAUACGAUGUGAUCACAAUUCUUUUGUCAUUCCAUUCCUGUUUGUGAGAUCAUGUUCAUCGAAUGUUCAAGUUUCUGAUGAAGUAAGAUCGCUUUGUGAAAUAGACACUAUAAACGAUGACGUCAGCAUGAAGUCCGUUGCUCGAGUUACUGAUGUUCACACGAGUGUUGUUUAUUACAACCAAUAUUGUGCCUUAUGCAACGGCAUAAAUGAGUGGCUUCUUUGGUCAGUCACGGUUGAAUGUGUUCACUUUUUGCACGUUUACACGGCCACGACCGAAGAGGAACUCCUCAGACAGGCCAACAGAGAUGAUUCGUCCUGCAGUGUAGCACAGAGUCCUCGCCUUGGCCUGGAGGUGGUGCCUUGUGACAGGCUCAUGUUCAGGGGUGAGCCUGUAGGUGCCUGCAACGUGACCGGGCUGUGGCCGGAGUACGACCGAGGUGUGGAGGAGGGCUGCAACUCAUUGACAGGUCUUGUCUACAGGGUGUACGACGGGUCUGCGUCCUCGAUCAGUGGUCAGCCCAUUCGACUUUACAGGAACAUCUUCUGUGCUAUUUGUAAUAGGGAACACAACCCCAGAUAUCUUGCAUGUACACCUGAUGGGGCUGGAGGAGGUUUUGCACCAUCACCGCCAUUGUCCAUCCUGCUGGGUAUACACGAUGAGCCUCCAAGACUGGAGAACAACAUGCACUCCAACACAUGUUCAAACACGGAAUGGCUCAGCCCAAGUGGACAAUGCUUCCCCUUGUACUGCUCCCCUGGCAAGAUUCUCGUUAACAGAACAUGCGAGACGGGACUGAAGCAGAUUACCGGACUUAGAUAUCACCUUCGGUUAUGGUUCUUGCAUCAAACAGACGAUGUGACAGAAACAAGGGACAGAAUCACAACGUCAUCUGUUGAUGUUAUUGGAGACAUAUUUUAUAAUAAGCGAAAAAAACAGUUCGACUUCCAGGUUCCAUUUGGUUACUAUGUCACAGGUGAUGUUGUAGCUUCUGCAAAAAUAACCAGAGACGAGUUUGAGCAACGUUUGAUGCGUACACUUCUUCGUGAUACUUUGGAGGUGGAGUUCAAUGACGGUGUAAAAGGAAGAUAUCAGCCGAUUAUCAUGUGGGGUGACGACAGUCUAAAUGUUUACUGUGAGCAUGCCAGAAAGAUGAGUCACGAUUGCCUUCGAGCUAACCCUAAGCGAAACACGGAUGCAUUAUUUUUGGUAGAUACAUACGAAGAUGUAUUAGAGGGUAGCGAUAAGUUUCUAAACGUCUCUGAACUAUUAACAUGUAGUUACAUAAUUCUUCAACACUCCAUGUUUAUUGUAGACAAAUUAGAGGAAGGAGUUCUACCUAGUGUUUUCGUGAAGGUAAACUUCAGCGGUGUUAAUGUCACCUUCUCGAGCGCUGCUGCUUUAAACAAGAUGUCUCUGGGCACAAAUGGAACGCUACGUGUUUGUCUGGAGCUGUUUGAUGGCUAUAAGCAUAAGCCACAGUUGGUUUCUGGUUCGACAAGUGAGAGAUUCCUCGUUCAGUACAUUCUGUCUGUUGUGUGUUUGGCUCUCUCCAUGGUAUGUCUUCUGCUGGCUCUGGUGACCUACGCCAUGUUUCCCGCCCUGCGUAGUGUGGCGGGAAGGAAUAAUGUGUGUCUGUGCACAACUCUGAUGCUGGCGCAGGCGAUGAUUCUUGCAAGCUCCCAUAUGUCGCCGGACCUUGGAGUUGUCUGCGUGGCUGUGGGCGUGGCCACACACUUCCUCUGGCUGUCAGUCAUGUGCUGGAGCUUCCUGUGCUGCUUCCACAUGUUCCGAGUGUUCACGUCCAAGACCCGCAGCUCUUACUCCACGACCAGCUCUAGGAACAUCCUUCUGGGCAAGAACCUGGCCUGUUCCUUGCUGCUUCCAGCGGUGGUCGUGGUUGUUGUUGUGGUUACCAUGCAUACAACGUCUGGUGGACAGAGUCUCGGCUAUGGAGGUAGUGUUUGCUACCUGAACUCAAACAUUUUAGUGGGAACAGUCACGGUGCUACCCAUCUUGUCUGUGUCCCUGAUAAACAUCGCCUUCUUCCUGAUCACGGUGGUGCACAUCCAUCGGGUGCGCAAACUUCAAAAGCACGAAUCUUUCAAGAAGAUGGACCUGCAGCAUCUGUACGUCUACAUCAAGCUCUCAACAAUGACCGGGGCAUUCUGGGUGCUGUCUGUAACAGGCGAAGUUCUCCUGCUUUUUCUCGAUGCUUUAAUCCAAGUUCGCGUUUUCACUCAGCAUAACUCUCUGCUGAUUGCUGGGAUACUUCUCAAUGGACUCCAGGGGCUGUACAUCUUCAUCUCCUACACCUGCAACAAACGAGUAUUGUCCCUUUAUCUGCGCCGUCUGGGCAUCAACAGUACUACCCACACAACCAUGACCGCCCCUUCGACCGAUGGAAGUACUGUCAUGAGGCUCACAAAAAGAAUAAACUCGGAAACACAUAGCCACACAAGCCAUGCAUUAGAAUAG